AAGGGAAGAACUCAGCGAUGCAGAUAAACACAGAGUCAGCAGAUACAAAUUGAGAUUAGAGAGAGAGGAGGAGGAGGAGGAGUGUAUUAGUAGGUGUACAGCUAAUACAACACGACGGAGCGAAUCGAAGACGGAGAGAGAAGACUCAACACACGGAGCUACCUAUAGCUUACGGCGCACAGAGAGCUGCUACUCGCGUGCUCGAGCCAACGCCAGAAGAUAAAGAAAGACAGCGGCAGCCUGUAUAAGGCGAGAGCGAGAGAGACGGUGCGCAAAGUGUGCCCAUUCACUGGCGGAGCAGCAGAGAGUCGAGUCAGCGGGUGCUACUCUCGCGCAGCCAGUGCAGAACGAAACGCAGCCGCAGCGCGGUGCACGCUCUCGCUGCUCAGCUCAGCAGUCCCCGAGGAUGCACGGCGACCGUUGUUGUACUGAAACCACUGUGAUCGUCAGCUCCGAAGAUCUCCAGUGCCGAUCGUCGUAGACAAAGAACAGCGAGAGGAGGACUCGUCUCUCUCGCCUUUAUGCUUCUUCCUCUUCUUCCCUGGCUGGUUUUUUCCCUUGGAGAGCUGCCCGAGUAAGAGUGGGAGAGGAGGAGAGGGAUUUUUUUUCGGAGCACAGCGACGAGAAUGAGCUGUUUUUGAUGCGGGGGAUCGGAGGAGAGGAACAGAAGAGGCGAACGAUCGCCCGUGCAGUCUAGCCACACGCGCACAGGGGACACACAAAGUGUUGCGUUUAGGAAGGACAGUUUGUGCUCUGGGCAUACGUGACAGUGAGAUUCGGUGCACAAGAUUGAUAGUGAGUUGACAAAUUGUCAAGACGCAUCUUGAGAAGCUGCAGCUGUGCCAGCAUAGCACGGAGAGGAACCGCUGGGGUCAGGUCUCCUUCCAAUUCAGGUGGAGAUUCGACGACAGUGGAUUCCUACCUGCUGACCAACUGACCUCCCCUGCUUAGUGGAAGAAGCCGAAGAGUAGCAGAUCUGCUACAGAUUCAAAGGACUAGCCCAAGACUAGCUGCUAAAAAUGUCGUCUCCAAGUGCUGGUAAACGGCGGAUGGACACGGAUGUUAUCAAACUAAUAGAGAGCAAGCACGAGGUGACGAUACUCGGCGGACUCAACGAGUUCUCCGUCAAAUUCUACGGACCACGAGGAACGCCCUACGAAGGCGGAAUCUGGAAGGUGCGCGUCCACCUGCCGGAACACUAUCCCUUCAAAUCGCCUUCCAUCGGCUUCAUGAACAAAGUCUACCAUCCGAACAUCGAUGAGGUUUCGGGCACUGUGUGCCUCGACGUAAUCAACCAGGCUUGGACGGCCUUGUACGAUCUCUCGAAUAUCUUCGAAUCUUUCCUGCCCCAGUUGUUGACAUAUCCAAACCCCAUCGACCCGUUGAACGGCGAUGCAGCUGCGAUGUAUCUUCACAAGCCGGAGGAGUACAAGAAAAAAGUCGCGGACUACGUGAGGAAAUACGCGACGGAAGAGGCGCUGCGGGACCAGGAGAACGGCGGCACGGGUAACGGCGUGUCCUCGGACAGCGAGUCCUCGAUGAGCGACUUCAGCGAGGACGAGGCGCAGGACAUGGAGUUGUAACCAAAUACCAGCGACGCGAGCGCAACCACGAUGACGACGACGACGACGACCACAGCAGCAGCAGCAGCAGCAACACCAUCCGCAUUUCCGCCUCCUCCUCCUCCGCCACCGCCACCACCGCCACGCUCACCUCGACGCAAGUCGGAAGCGCAGCUGAAAGCAGCCAUAGGCGAAGGCGACUGCGACGAGCCCCUCGGUCACGCGUUCUCUUGCAGCAAAGCUCCUUCGAACGCGUCACUCGCCUUGCCAAAUAGAUCGCCCUGCGCUUACUCUUAGGCUCGUCGUCCGCGGCAAACGCCAGGGACAUACCUAAACUACUCGACGGGCGAGCCGUUCGUUGAGCAGCGAGGACGGGAGGCAAAGACGUCGCGAGUGUUGAGAUUUAGUUUUAUAAAGUUAAUAUGGCUAGACAGAGAAUAACAGAUCCGUAUGUUCUUGCAAAGCUUGAUAAAAGGAAUGGCUUCAACUCUUUUUCUCUUGUGAUUCUGUCUAAUGUCCUAUAGAGUGAGAGCGAGGAAACUAUAAAGGCAUUUUCCACUUUUCCUUCUUAUUUUUGCGAUUAUUUCAUCGUGCAACGACGUAUAAGGAUGGCGACUUUUGUUCCAAGUCAUCCGGAACUUUUCGAAAUUUUCGAUUCUUUUUCUUUCUAUUGCACCUUGUUGCGCUGGACAUAGCUGCGUUACAUAUUGAAAGAUACAAUAACGAAACGAGGAACGCUUAGAUUUGCAAGCUGCGUGGUUGAAUUGGCGACGACGAGACGCCAGAAUUUAAAAUUCGCGCGAUGAGUUGUAUAAUGAACAAUGAAAAUUCAAUUUUUUUUUUAUAUAUUAUUAACGUUGCUUGGUCUUUCAUAUUAUCUUGAUGUGAGCUAUUAAAAAUCUUUUGAAAAUAAAGUGCAGGGAAUGCCUAUAAAUCUUGGAAAAUUAAUUUCAAGAGAAUAACAAUAAGAUUUCUAUACGUUUUACUUAUUUUCCAAGAUGAAAACUCGAAUUCAAGAUUCCUCACGAACGGAAAAUUUCGAAACAACUAUUAAAGAAAAUAGAAUACCAACUUGUAAUCGGACGUCUAAACCACAAGGAAUCAGAGUAAAAAAGGUAUAUUAAUAAAAUCUGCAAAGAAAAUCAUGUGCUAAUAUAAAGCGUGAAUCACAGGUUGUAAAACGUUAAAAUCUGAUUGUAUGUGCGUGUAAUCUAUCAGAUAGAACUUUUUUAGCCUGUAAGUUUGCCGCUUAAUUUUACUUAGUGAAUUGUAACAGUGAUUGAAGAACCGUCGACUUGGGCAAAAGUGUAUCAAUCAAUUUAUAAAAAAAAAAUGACCAUAGCAAAGAAUAUUACACAAGUUUUUUCAGCCGUUAUAACAACUCUUAACAAUUUAUUUUGUGAUUGUGCACGUGGUUCACGGCGGCGACUCCGAACUAAGCACAAAUAUUUUAAGGGAUGGUGUAAACUGGAUCAAUCACUUGCAAUGAAGUCGAAUUUGAAUGUGAAUAUUAUUCAUUUUUUGCCCCUUUUUACACCCGAGCAAGAGAAAAGAGCCGUAUUUUUCUCAAGGUACAAAAAAUUAUAAAUAAAAUUAUACCAGCUAACAGUACGAUCUUGAGGAAAAUUUCUAAAAGUACAUUAUGGAGAGCAAUUACCCAAAAAUGUCGUUAGCAAAGUUUAAAAAUGAUAUGCGUGGAUCCGUGCCUGAGUUUUCCCAAGUGAAGCAUAAUAAACCAUAAAAUGACUAAGCAUUACUAAAAUAGUCGUAUUUUAAGCAGGCGAGAAUACACGUCCCUUUACAUGCUGUUCUGUUCGAAUAAUUUUCUGUUUUACAAAACGUAAAAUAAGAAUCGUCUUGAUUAAGGCCCUAUGAUUUUUUUAAAUUCAGCAAACCACAAUUAUUCGUUUGGCCCUCACAGUUACAUAAAACUAAAUAAUUUGUCAAUCGAGAUGUGCAAUUUACUUGAAAUCAAAUGGACGAAUAGAAAAAAGAAUUUUAUUAAAGAAUGAAAAUAAGUGCUUUAAGAGGGCGAGCGAUUCUCCGGAUCGGAAUAAUCGAGAUGAAUUCGUGUUCUCAGAUCUCACGCAUUACGAUUUAUGAACAUAUAUAUACAUACACCUAGCGAUAUUUUAAUUAGUUGUUAUAUACAUUAAUGAUCGUAUUCGUACGACUUGAUUAGUAAGCUCGACGAUUUAUUGAUAUUGAAUUGGAUUGUCUAACAAACUGGAAUUAUAUAGUUUUUAAUAAUAAUAUUCUUGUUUUUUUU